GCCUACAUGAUUUAGAUGUUUGUAUCUUGUGUACAGGGUGUAUACUCUCCCGGCAAGAGACACUGGCUUAAGGUGAAGAAGGAUUACCUGAUGGAUGGAGCCAUGGCAGACACGGCAGACCUACUGGUGUUAGGAGCCUGGUAUGGCACUGGGCAAAAGGGUGGUAUGAUGUCUGUGUUUCUGAUGGGAUGUUAUGACCCUCACACCAAGAAGUUCUGUACUGUCACAAAGGUACACACAGGCCAUGACGACAAGACCUUGGAGAGGCUUCAGAAAGAGCUGGACAUGAUUAAAAUCAGCAAAGAUGCAUCUAAAGUACCAUCCUGGCUGAACUGUACAAAAACCAUGAUACCUGACUUUGUUGCCAGGGAUCCCAAGGCCCAGCCUGUGUGGGAGAUCACUGGUGCAGAGUUUACGAAGCAUGAGGUACACACAGCUUCUGGGAUAUCUGUCAGGUUCCCACGGGUAACCAGGAUACGUAGUGACAAGGACUGGGAGACUGCGACUUCAUUGCCUGAGUUGCAGAAUUUAUACAAACUAUCCAAGGACACAUCUGAUUUCACAAUGGCUAGUACUUCGACCACCUCCAGCCCUGUGACGUCUCCACGCAAACGUCCUGCAACACCCCAGCAAUCACCUCGCAAGAAGAGAGCCAACACCAGCUCCCCCACGACAUCUGGUGGAGAUGAGGAUUCAACCGCAACCACUGCAGCCAUGGGCAACAUCAAGCGCACUACGGUUCAAUUAACAGAUGUGAUGGGUAACAAUUUCACUCGGGAUAUUCUGCAGGUUACGAGAGACACUUCCGAUGAUGCUCCUCCACAGAAGAAAGCCAGAGAUCUUAAAAAUCCGUUGCCGGAUGUAUUUGUAGGAGUGAAGCUGUUUCUACCAGAGGAAGGAGUUACAAGUAAAGAUGUGCUGGAACGAUACUUUAUUGCUUAUGGAGGUGAUUUACUGAAAGAUCACAAUGCAGAUGAAGCAACUCAUACAGUCGUGGGGACAAAUCAGGAUGAGCCGUUGGCAGGAACAGCUGUUGAUGUGUCUUGGCUGUGGGACAGCAUCAAACUGCAGAAACUCCAACUUGUUAAACAUUAUACCAAGAAGUCGUGAUAUUCCUUCUUUCAAGUCUACAACUUUAUAUUUUCUACAUGUAAUUCUUUACAUUUUUUUUGCAUGUUUUACGUGUAAAUCUUGUUAUUACUGUUCUAUAAAUUAUUCUUGACAUUUAAAUGUUAAA